AAACAGUAGCAGCAGCAUCUUUCAGCUUCAAUCGCCUUCAGCCCAAAUCAAGAAAUGGCUUUUGUAGAUCAUGCAUUCUCAAUUUCAGAUGAGGACAUGAUGAUGGAGACCACUUAUACUGUGAAUAACAGGCCCCCAAUCAGAGAGAUUGCCCUCGCUGUAUCUCUUCUUGUUUUUGGAAGCAUUGGCAUGGUCUUGGGCAUUAUCAUGGCUUCCUACAAAGUUGGUGGCGAUCGAACCCAUGGGGUGUUCUUCACAAUCUUGGGGUCAAUCUUGUUCAUUCCCGGAUUCUACUAUACCCGCAUUGCUUAUUAUGCGUACAAGGGGUAUAAAGGUUUCUCGUUCUCCACCAUACCACCUGUGUAGAGGCCUUAACUGUCAUUCUAUGACGACAAUGCUGCUCAUCAUGGAUAGAUCUUUCUUCCCCGCCUUUCUUGUUUCUCUUUUCAUAUGUUAAGCUUUGUCAGGUACCAGUACUUCAUUAGUAUAUAGACUGUUGAUGUCCGAUGAACAAGCACAGAGUGUACAAACAAUAUCACGUUGCUAUAUAUUGGACUUAAUUCUCUUUUCCA